UGCUUCGUGUCUCCGACAACGUGUCCCGCUCCCGAGAAAGUUCCUUAUCCCCACACCCCAGUGUCUGUCACUGUCGAUUUAAAUUCAAGAAACGAAACCCCAGUGUUCGUGUAGCAGUCAAUUCAAGUUCAAGAAAAAGUUGGAAGGAGGAGGAGGAGAAGGAAGCAUGGCAGACUGGGGACCGGUGUUGAUAGCGGUGGUGCUGUUCGUGCUGUUGACCCCGGGCUUGCUGUUCCAGAUCCCCGGGAGGCACCGAGUCGUGGAGUUCGGCAACAUGGAGACGAGCGGGGCCUCCAUUCUCGUCCACGCCAUCAUCUACUUCGGCCUCAUCACCAUCUUCCUCAUCGCCAUCGGCGUCCACAUCUACACGGGCUAAAGCUCUCUCCUGUGAUCCUGUACAUUGGAGUCAGGUGUCUGCUUGUAUUCUCCUCGACUCUGCUCUCGUGAUGCGCCUAAGCAUUUGUAUGUGCUCUUACGCGUUCUGAGCAAUGUUAUAUUUUGGUUAUGUAUCGGAGUUGGAUGUCGGGUUCUUCCGAUUGCGAAUUGCCAGUGAUUUCGAGUAA